UCACUGUCUGCGUGCUUUGCUGAGUGACACUUUGAUGUGUGGUGUUUAAUUUGAAGAGGGGAAAAGGACACGCUGGUAACAUCAACACACGAGACUCACCGUCAAUUUUAAGGAAUGGUGACCAGGCCGAGAUGGCCGGUUCAGGAGUGUGUUGUGCCAGCUUGGAGCAGCCUCAGGCCCUGAUGAAGAUGGGGUUGAGCAUGGUCCUAAUUGGUCAUGUUAACUUCUUGCUGGGAGCGCUGGUUCACGGUGUGGUGCUCAGACACAUCAACCUCCACCAGCAGGCCAGGGCCAUGGAGUACGCCAUCUCUAAUGUGGUGGCUCUCACAUCUGGCCUGGUGGGGAUUGUUGUUGGCAUUCUGGCUAUUGUCCUGUCCAAAAACAAGAAGAGCAGAAGCCUGACUUUGGCACUUUUCUCUGUCAGUUUGGUUUCAGCACUCAUGGCAGCAGCUUCAGCCAUCGGACUCCUUGUAUCUGUGGUGAGGGCCAUCAUUCACGGUGGGCGGAGCCUCCUGACUCACUGCCGCUUCCCUGAUGCCAUUGGCUACUCCAGCAUCACCAACGAGUGUCCUUUUGACCCCACACGCAUCUAUGGUGUUGGAUGCUGGGUGUCUUUUCUGUCACUCAGUCAGUCACACUCUGGAGCCGCUGGGCUGGUGGCAGAAAUGCUGACCUGACCCUGUCGGUCCACUUCAGGCUCCAGUCCUGUUCCAGUGUCUUACAGAUGGCCUGUCAGGCCUGCUCAGCCUCACAGCUGCAUCCACACAUCAGUACGACCUGGGCACUUUAGCAAACCCAGUAGUCUACAAUUUGUCAGUUAAGUGACCUUUCUCUUGAUGUAACUGAAUUGUUCAGUUGCACAUAUUGUCCACUACAGCUGGCAAAAGUACAGUGAACCCCAAGUUGCUUGUAGUGACCUCAGAGUUAUAAAAUACACAUCAGUGCAUAACAUGCAGCUGAUGUAGUUUGGGUUUCUAGGUUAAAGGUACCCUGUAGAGUUUUUGACCACUAGCAACGCUAUGGAGCUAGUAGAUCCCAGUUUGGUUUGUACCCACAUGCAUUUCACUGUAGCAAAAGUGUACAAAAAUAUCAUGUUACAGUUUACUCCAGUUAAAGGUGCAGUGUGUAGGAUUAAGUGGCAUCUAGCGGUGAGGAAUACUUAAGAUCUGGGGACGUGGGGACAUCGCUAAAAAAAAAAGGAGAAAGAAACACGACCAGUCAGACGAGCAAAAAGCUUUUAAACAAACCCCUAGGUUAGCUGCUAUAAGCUAACAAACUAUUAUAGAAGAAAGAAUGAAGGUGAAUGGUUAAAUUAUUACCCACACUGGUGUUAACAUCCAUCAGUUUAUAGAUUUUGUGGUUCAACUUCAAUUUACCGUAGUUGUACAUGCACAGAAUUUUCCUGUGCAAUUAGGGGCUGACAUUUCGGAGGCGCUCACAUUUGAUUUUUAUCUCCAAAUAAAAGUUGUUUAGAUAAUCUGGCUAAAUUGUUGAUUAAACUUGAUUAAAACUCAUCUUAUCAUCUAGCUGCUUGUUUCUUCCCCUGCUGGACUGUAAUGAAGUGGUGUUGCUGUGUUUUCAGAUCUCAUUAGUUGAUCUGAUGAGUACAAUCUUAUCAUAACCAAUGAGAUAAAAGUUAUAAUAAACCAAAUUUAUCCCAUAGUCAGAAACUAAGUUUCAACUCUAAAUCAGCAGAGAAGUAACCCCCUUCGUUGUUGUCUACUGAGACUGCAAACUGUGGUGUUCAGUCAGAGUUGUCUAAUGGCUAGGGACCUCCAGUAUGGCUGCCAGAGGGUGGAUUACAUCACCUGAUGUGUUUUGAACUUCUGGUUCUGAUAGACAUCACUUAGAGGCAGUAAUGAUGGUUAUGCAAGGUUUAUUUUUUUGUGCUUUGUGCGUAUUUUAUCCUGAAUUUCAAAGAAAUCUCCAAACUUUAAACUUUUAUUCUCUUUGUAGUCUGCAAGUCAGCAUGCAAAAGGCAGCUCUUUUUCUUUGAAUUCCCCCUACACUUUUACUUUGAUACAUUCUGCUCUGCAUAUUUUAUUCACAAUGCUGACUCUCCUGUGCGAACAUAAACUCCCAGACUUGCUGCUGUUGUGUUGCAGUGCUCCGCAGCUGCCUGAGAGAAACUGAGUUCUGUACCACAUCAUUAUCCAUUAUACACUGUAUCCCCAUUUAUGUGAAGGUGCUCUUGCCUAAAAUUGUGCUCCGUAUGGUCCAGCUGGUGGUUGCCACUAACAGCUGACUGCUCUCCCUUCUCCAUCCCU